AUUGGUCGCGUGCGCUGCACAAAAACAAGCGCCAACCGCUCUGAAGCUAGCUCUCGCUGCAGCUAACGGCAACUUUACUCCGGUCUGAUGGCGGAGGGCUCCGGGAACGUAAACGUCGGCCCGGCCAACCUUCCUCCGGGAGACCCGCAGCUCAUCGGUAUGAUUGUGGAGCAUCUGAAGAACCGGGGGCUUUUCGACGAGUUCCGCCGGGACUGUCUGGCAGACGUUGAUACGAAGCCUGCCUAUCAGAACCUGCGACAGAAAGUCGACAACUUCGUCACGACGCAGCUGAGCACUCAGGACUGGAACCCGUCUAUCAACAAGAACCAGAUGAGGAACGGACUGAGGCAAAGUGUGGUCCAAUCGGGCAUGCUGGAGUCCGGUGUCGACAGGAUCAUCACCCAGGUUGUGGACCCCAAAAUGAACCACACUUUCCGGCCGCACAUAGAGACUGCUAUCCAUGAUUUUCUGUCAGGGGAGAGGAGAGAAGAGAACGCGUCAAGUUGUAACCCUGCAGCGUCUGAACAGACAGAACCACCAGAGGUCCCGCCUGCUUCUGGUCCCAAAACCCCCUGGUACACAUGCUGGUUUGCUGGUCUACACAUAAUGUUCUUCGGCCCAGGUGCGGCAUCAAAGAAGAAGAGGGCGACAUGGAAGAAGAUAUUUGAGGUUGUUUCCUGCUACCUCUGUUUAAAGGAUUUAAGUCUGGAAACGUUCGUAAUGUUCAGCACGAGAUGUUUCAUUGCCCGUCUGUGCUGCACGAGGCUACUGGCGGAGAAGCUGGACAAAGCUGAGAGAAACAAACAAACCAGAGGAGGACGCAGCAAAAUACAAAGCGACAGUAUGUCGGGGAACUUGUCCGCUGUGUUUUUUGUUUUUUUUCUGCCUCUGGCCUGUCAUCAGGUGCUGGCUGUGGAUCAUCUGCAUGAUGCCCAGGAGAAACAAGUGAGCCAGGCUAAAAAACGCCUCUCUCUGCAGAGCACAGCGGAGAUUCAGAGUUGCCUGGUGGGUUCAGGAGAUGUCGGCUGUGGGACGUUUCAGUGUUUUAACAACAACUCCUGUGAAAUCCAAGGCCUGCACCACAUCUGUCUCACUCUGCUGCACAAUGCUGGGCGCUACGACUCACAGGGUAAGUCAUUUGUGAAGGAUGCAUUGCGAUGCAUGGCGCUGGGACUGCGGCAUCGCUUCAGCUGUGUGAGCCGCAGGUGCUCAGCAGUAAAGGAGAUGGUGUUCUCACUCCAGAGAGAGUGCUACUCCAAACACCAGCUUUGCCUGGCUCUGCGGGACCACAUGGACACCAUGGGAAACCUGGUCCAGUUCCACCUGUUGUUCCCCCCCGGACCAUACGUGGAGCUGAUGAACUUCCUGUUGAAGUGUGGAGACGAGGUCAGGUCGUGGGUGGGCCGACAGCUACGCGGGCAGUGUGAGCAGCACUGGGGGGCGCUGUGCAGCAGCCUUGGCAUCGCCUGUUCUCCAAACCAAUCGGACGCUCCUCAGCACGUCACCGCCCCAACACCCACCGCAAAGGGACCCCUGCAGGAGCCAACCGGAGCGGCCGAACCAGAGGACAAGAGCGGGCUGAGUCAGACUGACAACGCAACUGAAUCUGGUCUCCCCGUGUCUGUGGAGUCCAACGUUACUGCUUCAUAGACAUAAAGCGAGUCACAAAGACGUAAAGGCAGGUGCAGACAGGGUACACAAAGAUCCAAAGAUGAUGCACUUAUUACUGUUGUAGUAGUAAUAGAAUUAGUAAAAGUAGUAAUAGUUAUCAGAGUAUUCAGUGUAGUAUUGCUGGUUUAUUUAAUCUGUUAAGUAUUUGUAUUAUACUUUUCUUUACAUUUGACUUUGUACAAGGAUGAAAACCAAUAAUCUACCUCACAUUAAACCACAGUGGCUGUAUCCCUCUUCAAAGGGCACAGACACAUACGAGUAAAGACUACAGGGAAUUUGUCUCCAGCUAAAGUGCAGCUGAUGGCUCAGAGUCAGUAUUCUACCUAUUUAAGUCUGUUUCUUUUUUUAAAAUUUUAUUUAUGAGGUAUGUUAUAUUAUGCACCGUACAGUCUGUUUCAGUUUGAUUCAAACACGAUCAAACGUUAACUUGUAGACAGUCGGAGUGCGGUCUGCAGGAAGGGAAGCACUCUUACAUUAAGCUGUGUUAUUAAUAUGUAUUUUAGAUUUCUACUUGAACAGUCACAUGUCAUACAGACCCCAUGUCUCAAGCUAUAUUUUGUAAGUUUUUAUUUAAAUGAAUGUACAAAAUACAUUUGUAAGCAAAUUUGAUUGAAAGUAAAUAAACUACGAUGAUGUCACUAAA